AUGGUCUCGUUUUAUACUUUCUCGGCGACGUUUGUUGCCGCCCUCGCUUCUAUUGCGACAGCCGCCCCGAUGGAGCGCCGCGCUGCUCCUGACAACCAGGUUUGGGUCACCAGCGUAGCAGACCACUGUCUGAUCCUCCCUCGUCACAGGAUGUCGAUCGGUGACAGCGAGUCGCCUGGUAACAUGAGGUCCUUCUGCACCAAGCCAUACAGCUCGUCGCAAGGCCAGCUCUCGUCCAACUUCUGGAAGAAGGCCCACUUCAAGAAGACUGACAGCUAUGUGCAGCUGACUGGCUGCAUCAACCCCAGCGCUCAGUCAACGCUGCUCUCGGACGAUGACGGUGGUCAGUACGACUCUAACGGCGGUGAAGGUGGCCGCGGUAACCCUGAGGGCUCAGUCUGCCUCGGCUACGCUUCGUACGUGCAGUUCGUGGAACCCUCUGGCAACCGUGCUUGCAUUCGUUGCUGCAAGAACCCCCACGAAUGUGACAUUGCGCACGAUGAAGACGGUUGUGAAAAUGCCAUCCCGGGUAACUACUCGUGUGAAUAA